GGUUAAUCUCGCGAUCUUUCGGAAGUUCUGUUGGGGAAGAUGGCGGCGGCCGCGAGCACCCUUCUCUUCUUGCCGCCGGGGACUUCAGACUGAGCCUUCCUGGGAAGAGUGGGGACUGCAGGCGCCCUGCGUCCCGGGAGCCCGAACCAACUUGGUUCCUCUGUUAGUGAUGAGGAGGGGCAUAUCCUCUUGUGUAGACCUCAGGCCCUUCCCGCUGUCAGGAUGAAGGCUCAGGGGGAAACCGAGGAGUCGGAAAAGCUGAGUAAGAUGAGUUCUCUCUUGGAACGGCUCCAUGCAAAAUUUAACCAAAAUAGACCUUGGAGUGAAACCAUUAAGCUUGUGCGUCAAGUCAUGGAGAAGAGGGUUGUGAUGAGUUCUGGAGGGCACCAACAUUUGGUCAGCUGUUUGGAGACGCUGCAGAAAGCUCUCAAAGUAACGUCUUUACCAGCAAUGACUGACCGUUUGGAGUCUAUAGCAAGACAGAAUGGACUGGGCUCUCAUCUCAGUGCCAGUGGCACUGAAUGUUACAUCACGUCAGAUAUGUUCUAUGUGGAAGUGCAGUUAGAUCCUGCAGGACAGCUUUGUGAUGUAAAAGUGGCUCACCAUGGGGAGAAUCCUGUGAGCUGUCCAGAGCUUGUACAGCAGCUAAGGGAAAAAAAUUUUGAUGAAUUUUCUAAGCACCUUAAGGGUCUUGUUAAUCUUUAUAACCUUCCAGGGGACAACAAACUGAAGACUAAAAUGUACUUGGCUCUCCAGUCCUUAGAACAGGAUCUAUCUAAAAUGGCAGUUAUGUAUUGGAAAGCAACCAAUGCUGGUCCCUUGGAUAAGAUUCUUCAUGGAAGUGUUGGCUAUCUCACUCCAAGAAGUGGGGGUCAUUUAAUGAACUUGAAGUAUUAUGCCUCUCCUUCUGACCUGCUGGAUGAUAAGACUACAUCCCCUAUCAUUUUGCAUGAGAAUAAUGUUCCUCGAUCUUUGGGCAUGAAUGCAUCAGUGACAAUCGAAGGAACAUCUGCUAUGUAUAAACUCCCAAUUGCACCAUUAAUUAUGGGGUCACAUCCAGUUGACAACAAAUGGACUCCCUCCUUCUCCUCAAUCACCAGUGCCAACAGUGUUGAUCUUCCUGCCUGUUUCUUCUUGAAAUUUCCCCAGCCAAUCCCAGUAUCUAGAGCAUUUGUUCAGAAACUUCAGAACUGCACAGGAAUUCCACUGUUUGAAACCCAACCAACUUAUGUACCCCUUUAUGAACUGAUCACUCAAUUUGAGCUGUCAAAGGACCCUGACCCUAUACCUUUGAAUCACAACAUGCGAUUUUAUGCUGCUCUUCCAGGUCAGCAGCACUGCUAUUUCCUCAACAAGGAUGCUCCUCUUCCAGAUGGUAGAAGUCUACAGGGAACCCUUGUUAGCAAAAUCACCUUUCAGCACCCUGGCCGGGUUCCUCUUAUCCUGAAUCUGAUCAGACACCAAGUGGCCUAUAACACCCUAAUUGGAAGCUGUGUCAAAAGAACUAUUCUGAAAGAAGAUUCUCCUGGGCUCCUCCAAUUUGAAGUGUGUCCCCUCUCAGAAUCCCGUUUCAGUGUAUCUUUUCAGCACCCUGUGAAUGACUCCCUGGUGUGUGUGGUAAUGGAUGUGCAGGACUCAACACAUGUGAGCUGUAAACUCUACAAGGGGCUGUCAGAUGCACUCAUCUGCACAGAUGACUUCAUUGCCAAAGUUGUUCAAAGAUGUAUGUCCAUCCCUGUGACGAUGAGGGCUAUUCGGAGGAAAGCUGAAACCAUUCAGGCCGACACUCCAGCACUGUCCCUCAUUGCAGAGACAGUUGAAGACAUGGUGAAAAAGAACCUGCCCCCGGCUAGCAGCCCAGGGUAUGGCAUGACCACAGGCAACAACCCAAUGAGUGGUACCACUACACCAACCAACACCUUUCCGGGGGGUCCCAUUACCACCUUGUUUAAUAUGAGCAUGAGCAUCAAAGAUCGGCAUGAGUCGGUGGGCCAUGGGGAGGACUUCAGCAAGGUAUCUCAGAACCCAAUUCUUACCAGUUUGUUGCAAAUCACAGGGAACGGGGGGUCUACCAUUGGCUCGAGUCCGACCCCUCCUCAUCACACGCCGCCACCUGUCUCUUCGAUGGCCGGCAACACCAAGAACCACCCGAUGCUCAUGAACCUUCUUAAAGAUAAUCCUGCCCAGGAUUUCUCAACCCUUUAUGGAAGCAGCCCUUUAGAAAGGCAGAACUCCUCUUCCGGCUCACCCCGGAUGGAAAUGUGCUCGGGAAGCAACAAGGCAAAGAAGAAGAAGUCAUCAAGAUUACCACCUGACAAACCCAAGCACCAGACUGAAGAUGACUUUCAGAGAGAGCUAUUUUCAAUGGAUGUUGACUCACAGAACCCUAUCUUUGAUGUCAACAUGACAGCUGACACGCUGGAUACGCCACACAUCACUCCAGCUCCAAGCCAGUGUAGCACUCCCCCAACAACUUACCCACAACCAGUACCUCAUCCCCAAUCCAGUAUUCAAAGGAUGGUCCGACUAUCCAGUUCAGACAGCAUUGGCCCGGAUGUAACUGAUAUCCUUUCAGACAUUGCAGAAGAAGCUUCUAAGCUUCCCAGCACUAGUGACGAUUGUCCACCCAUUGGCACCCCUGUUCGAGAUUCUUCAAGCUCUGGGCAUUCUCAGAGUGCCCUCUUUGACCCUGAUGUCUUUCAAGCCAAUAAUAAUGAAAAUCCAUACACUGAUCCAGCUGACCUUAUUGCAGAUGCUGCUGGAAGCCCCAGUAGUGACUCUCCUACCAAUCAUUUUUUUCCUGAUGGAGUAGAUUUCAAUCCUGAUUUGUUGAACAGCCAGAGCCAAAGUGGUUUUGGAGAAGAAUAUUUUGAUGAAAGCAGCCAAAGUGGAGAUAAUGAUGAUUUCAAAGGAUUUACAUCUCAGGCACUAAAUACUUUGGGGGUGCCAAUGCUUGGAGGUGAUAAUGGGGAGACUAAGUUUAAAGGCAAUAGCCAAGCUGACACAGUUGAUUUCAGUAUAAUAGCAGUGGCUGGUAAGGCUUUGGGUCCUACAGAUCUUAUGGAGCAUCACAGUGGUAGCCAGAGUCCUUUACUGACCACUGGGGACUUAGGGAAAGAAAAGACUCAAAAGAGAGUAAAGGAAGGCAAUGGCACCAGUAACAGUAGUCUAUCAGGGCCAGGAUUAGACAGCAAACCAGGGAAGCGCAGUCGAACCCCUUCUAAUGAUGGCAAAAGCAAAGAUAAGCCUCCAAAACGGAAGAAGGCAGACACUGAGGGAAAGUCUCCAUCUCACAGUUCUUCUAACCGACCUUUCACCCCACCUACUAGUACAGGUGGAUCCAAAUCUCCAGGCAGUUCAGGAAGAUCUCAGACUCCCCCAGGUGUUGCCACACCACCCAUUCCCAAAAUCACUAUUCAGAUUCCUAAGGGAACUGUGAUGGUGGGCAAGCCCUCCUCUCACAGUCAGUAUACCAGCAGUGGUUCUGUGUCUUCCUCAGGAAGUAAAAGCCACCAUAGCCAUUCUUCCUCGUCUUCUGCUUCCAACUCGGGCAAGAUGAAAAGCAGUAAAUCAGAAGGUUCAUCAAGUUCCAAGUUAAGUAGCAGUAUAUAUUCUAGCCAGGGGUCUUCGGGAUCUAGCCAGUCCAAAAAUUCAUCCCAGUCUGGGGGGAAGCCUGGCUCCUCUCCUAUCACCAAGCAUGGACUGAGCAGUGGCUCCAGCAGCACCAAGAUGAAACCUCAAGGGAAGCCAUCAUCACUUAUGAAUCCUUCUUUGAGUAAACCAAACAUAUCCCCUUCCCAUUCAAGGCCACCUGGAGGCUCUGAUAAGCUUGCCUCUCCAAUGAAGCCUGUUCCUGGGACUCCCCCAUCCUCUAAAGCCAAGUCUCCUAUCAGUUCAGGUUCUGGUGGUUCUCACAUGUCUGGAACUAGUUCAAGCACUGGCAUGAAGUCAUCUUCAGGGUUAGGAUCUUCAGGCUCAUUGUCUCAGAAAACUCCCCCAUCAUCUAACUCUUGUACAGCAUCUUCCUCUUCCUUUUCCUCAAGUGGCUCUUCCAUGUCAUCCUCUCAGAACCAGCAUGGGAGUUCCAAAGGGAAAUCUCCCAGCAGAAAUAAGAAGCCAUCCUUAACAGCUGUCAUAGAUAAACUGAAGCAUGGGGUUGUCACCAGUGGCCCUGGGGGUGAAGACCCAAUGGACGGCCAGAUGGGGGUGAGCACAAAUUCUAGCCAUGCUGUGUCCUCCAAACAUAACAUGUCAGGAGGAGAGUUCCAGGGCAAGCGUGAGAAAAGUGAUAAAGACAAAUCAAAGGUUUCCACCUUGGGGGGCUCGGUGGAUUCAUCUAAGAAGACCUCAGAGUCAAAAAAUGUGGGGAGCACGGGUGUGGCAAAAAUUAUCAUCAGCAAGCAUGAUGGGGGAUCCCCCAGCAUUAAAGCCAAAGUGACUUUGCAGAAACCUGGGGAAAGUAGUGGAGAAGGGCUGAGGCCUCAGAUGGCCUCUUCCAAAAACUAUGGCUCUCCACUCAUCAGUGGUUCCACUCCAAAGCAUGAGCGUGGCUCUCCCAGUCAUAGUAAGUCACCAGCAUAUACCCCCCAGAAUCUGGACAGUGAGAGUGAGUCAGGCUCCUCCAUAGCAGAGAAGUCUUACCAGAACAGUCCCAGCUCAGAUGAUGGCAUCCGACCUCUUCCAGAGUACAGCACAGAGAAGCAUAAGAAGCACAAAAAAGAAAAGAAGAAAGUAAAAGACAAAGAUAGGGACCGGGACCGGGACAAAGACCGAGACAAGAAAAAAUCUCAUAGCAUCAAGCCAGAGAGUUGGUCUAAAUCACCCAUCUCUUCAGACCAGUCCUUGUCUAUGACAAGUAACACAAUCUUAUCUACAGACAGGCCCUCAAGGCUCAGCCCUGACUUUAUGAUUGGGGAGGAAGAUGAUGAUCUUAUGGAUGUGGCCCUGAUUGGCAACUAGGAACCUUACUUUUUAAAGCAAAAACCAUGGCCAGAGAAAAACUAAGUGUAUAGGCAAAUCACCAUAAGGAGUGAGACAGGUCUGAUUUUGUGUUUUAAGAAUCUUAAAUGGCAUGGCUUUGACACCAAGUGGGGUGAAUUUAGAAAGGCAUAGCCAGACCCUACUAAAGAGACCAUAGGGUUUGAUUCUGGUUACCACGAAUCACUUGUUCCUUUGCCAG